AACAUUCUUUGGCAGCAAGUCACUCGAUCACAAUAAAUUCCCGAUCUCCACGUGGUUAGCCCACGUUGGUUGACUUUCAACUCAUGUAACAUGAGCGUGCCGCAUGGGAACAUAACCCUUUGACACGUCUCGUAAGACACACGAUCCCCCUCCUCCCGGACCCUCUCCAGUCCUCCGUUGGCUAUCUGUCUCCCUCUUUCUUGCAGUUUCUCGGCAAAUUUUCCCGAGAAACAAACAGGCCUAAACCAAAUCAAAGCUCUUCCGCCGUUAACCGUUUUUUUCUCGGAUAUCUCGUAUUCCUACACGCAUGCACUACUCUCAGCUCAAAGCCGUGACGUUCACGCACGUCCGGUACAAUCGCGGCGACCAGCUUGGCCACUUCCUCGCGUGGAUCUCGCUCCUCCCGGUCUUCACCGGCCUCGUCGGAUCCAUCUCGCACUUCCUGUUCCGUCGCGAGCUCCAGGGGAUGCUCUUCUUCCUGGGACUCCUGAUCUCGCAGCUCAUCAACGAGGUGAUAAAAAGGUCCGUACAACAGGCUCGUCCCGAGACCUGCGCGUUGCUCGAGGCCUGCGAUUCGCACGGAUGGCCGUCGAGCCACUCGCAGUACAUGUUCUUCUUCGCGACCUACUUCACGUUGAUGACCUGCAAGGGAAUAGGGUUUCGGUUCGGGCUGAGGAAUCGAUGGAUCGUGAAUCUCCUCAACUGGUCUCUCGCUGUCCUCACGAUGGUUUAUAGGGUUUACUUGGGCUACCACACGGUGGCUCAGGUUUUCGCCGGCGCGACGGUUGGGGCGAUGCUCGGUUCGACCUGGUUCUGGUUCGUGAAUUCGGCGGUGCAUCCGUAUUUUCCGGCGAUCGAGGAGAGUGCGAUCGGGAGGACGUUCUGUAUCAAGGAUACUUCCCAUAUCCCCGACGUGUUGAAGUUUGAAUACGACAAUGCGAGAGCAGCUAGGAAGAAGAUGGCUUCCAAUUCCAAAACCGAUUGAUCUGCGAAAUUGAAAGCUAAAUAAAACUAAUCAUUUAACUUCCAUAUAUCAUCAUCAUCACC